UCCAAGCGGCAAAUUUAGAGAGCUCGUCCUCAUCGCGCCCGAUCUCGCUUACAGCCAGCGAUAAUGGCGUCCUUCUCACUCCCGACGAUCAACGACAACCCCGAUGGCGGCUGGGGACCAUCCUCCUCCAAUCUGCCCGAGCAAUUCAAGUUCAAGGACAUCCCCUACGCCCCGUUCUCCAAGUCGGACAAGCUAGGGCGCUUCGCUGACUGGAACGAUCUCUCCGCCGAUGGGCGCCAGACUGCGGUUGGCUUGCCGUCGACGCAGAACAGGCAGGGUCCCGGUGGGCGCAGGCGCGAGGGCGCGCAGGCCUUUGGCAGCGGCACCGCGAGCGCGUUCGCGUACUUCCACGUCGAGGACGAGUCCUCCUUCUCCCUCGUCGACAACAAGGGUGUUCCCGCGCGCAGGGGAGGUGCCUUCACACGCGGACGCGGUCAGGCGCGUGGCGGCUACUCGUCGUACAGCAAUCGCGGUGGCGGGCAGCGCGGCGGCCGGGGAGGACCUGGCGGUAACAGGAACUACAACCAGAGAGGCGGCGGUAGACGAGGCUGGCGCGACUGGGAGAAGAACAACCGCACGCGCGAGUCGUCUGUGGUCGUCCAGCCGUCAUGGCAGGUCUUGGAAGAGAUCGAGUUCCAUCGUCUGGCCAAGCUGCGCUUGGAGGUCGAGGAACCGGAAGAUCUCGAUUCCUAUGGUCGCCUCUUCGCCUACGACAAGACGUACGAUCGCAUCACCACGAAAACUGAGCGUCCUCUGCAAUUGGUUGACCGCAUCAAGUACAACACCACUACCACCGAUGACCCCGUCAUUCAGCAGCUCGCGCAGAAGAACGUCGCCACGGUGUACGCGACGGAUGUCAUCCUCGCAGUCCUCAUGACCGCUCCCCGCUCUGUCUACCCCUGGGACAUCGUCAUUGUCCGCGAAGGCAACAACCUCUUCUUCGACAAGCGCGACGGUGGCCCCUUCGACACCGUCACCGUCAACGAAAACGCUUCCGACCCUCCUCAGGACCCCGCUCCGCCCAACCCGAACAACCCGCAGGAAAAGCUCGUCCCCGAGGUCCCCACCAUCAACACCGCGACCUCGCUUUCCCUCGAAGCUACCUACAUCAACCAAAACUUCGGCUUCCAGUCCGUUAACGAGACGACCCCGCCCCCGGUCGAGCUCGCGCAUCCGAACCCAUUCUAUGGUGAUGAGACUGAGCCGCUCGCAUCCUGUGGUUACCGCUACCGUGUCUUCGACAUGAGCGUGACGGAAGAGGAGGAUAUCAAGAUCUGCGUACGCACUGAGGUCGAUGCCUACCUCCCCGGCCAGGGCGACCCGCGCCAGGGCAAGGGCCUCGCGACGAUCCGCGCACUCAACGAGUUCGACCCGCGUUCGCAAGGCGCAGGCGGCGCGCCGGACUGGCGCACGAAGCUCGACUCGCAGCGCGGUGCUGUGGUCGCGACGGAGAUGAAGAACAACAGCGCGAAGCUCGCGAAGUGGGCGGUGCAGAGCAUCCUCGCUGGUGCUGAUCUGUUGAAGAUCGGCUACGUCUCGCGCGCGAACCCUCGUGAUAACUCGCGUCAUGUCAUCCUCAGCACGGCGUCGAUGCGGCCGACCGACUUUGCCGGCCAGCUGAACGUAUCCCUCGCUAAUGGCUGGGGUAUUAUCCGCACCGUGACCGACCUCUGCAUGAAGAUGCCCGAGGGCAAGUACGUCCUGGUCAAGGACCCCAACAAGCCCAUGAUCCGCCUCUACGCCGUGCCCAUGAGCACCUUCACCAAUGAGGACGAGGAGGGCGGCGACUAUGACGAGCAGGAAGAGUAA